ACGUGGUUAUCAGUUACUAGCACCUGUAAAGGGAUUACCCAGCGAGGAGUGGAGAAAGGAGGCACUACAGCCCGCAGGUGCUCCAGUUACUGGACGGUGUGCACCGGAUCCUCCGUCCUGGGUAGAUCUCACCACCCUGGGCUGCUCCCUGCAAGAAAACACACAGUUUUCUUCAUGCACCAUCGCUCUGGUCAUUUAAAACUAAGGGCUGAGUGGACACGAUUCCAAUCAGUAAGGGGUGGGUCCCUGGAAGUCCUCGCCGCCUUCCACCAUGAGCUGGAGACGAAGAUCACGCUCUGCGUUGGGAAGAUUAGAAACCUCACAGGAUAGCAGCAUCCUGAAACCAGCAGCUAUCCUGGGGGCGCCUAUGCUGCUUCGAGCUCAGACAUCGCCAGCAAGGCCUCAGCCUUCAGGGGAGCCCUGCCUUCCGAGUGUGGAGCCCCCUAUCUGGCUGCUGCGGGAAUGCCUCACUCGAGAAAGAAUGCGGAGCCACUCGGUCAGCUCCCAAGAGCCCACGCACAGGAGGACGCCUCUGCAUCACGCAGACCCGGCUCAGAGCCUGAGGGCUGAAAAGAUUGAGCAGCAAGUGACUCUGGAAGAGCUACGACGCUUAAACGCACUCUUUCAGGAACAUGAAAAGAGAGGAAGCCAGCUGCUGGAUAUGGAAACAUUCAAAUGCAUGAUGAAGCAGAGUUUGAGGUCACACAGCAAAAGUAUUGGACAAAUAGAACAACUCUUCAUGAAAAUAGACUACGAGGCAGUGGGGAGAAUCCAGUGGGACAGUUUCUGCACAUACCUGCAGCUGGAGUACUCGGAGCAAGCCAAGGCGGCAGCUCGGCAAGCGGAGGCCUCUCUCCUGCUGCCUGCCAUUCAGCAGAGGCUGACAUAUGGGAGACCCGUGCUGCGCAUUCUCCCUCUGCCCGAUGACACCUUAAUCACCCUCCGAGAAGACGGAACUAUUUAUUUCUGGUCCCUGCAGCUGAAGUUGAAAAGAAAGAAGCCGAUUUUUGGCAAGUCCACCAGCCGGAAGUCCCGCUGGGUGACAGACAUUGUCAGCAUGCCACAGUACAACAAAGUAAUCGUUGGAACUGGGAGCCGGGAGCUGCAGCUAUAUGAACUCUCGAACUUGGAGCCUUACUGUCGAAUUGGUGGCCUGGAAGCCGUGCCCCUGAAACUGGACUACUGCUCCGUGGAGCCUGACAAGUGCCUGAUCCUCUAUGGCGAUGACCAGGGAUGUGUGAACAUUCUGUUUUUGGCAUCUGUAGGUGAACUACUAAGAACAUGGAAGAAGAUGCCAAGAGUUGAGGACAUGCCGAGCAUCACUCUUCACAGCGUCAUGGCCUCUCCAAACGCAGAGUAUGUCCGCUGGAAGGUGCACGGAGACUUCGUCUCUCAGCUGAAUUACUAUGAGUCUAUGAAAGCUGUCAUUUCCAGCUCCAAUCACGAGCCCACAGCUUUAGUGAUAGGCUCUCUCCUAAACCGCUUGGAACAUGGAGGGUUCACUGUGGGAGCAACAGAUAUCAAGGAAAAGCUAAACGAAAUAAGAAAUGUUGGGAAGAAUGUCAAGAUGGGGAACAGCUCAGCAUGCCUUGCUCUGCCCCAAAGGCAAGCGGAAUGCAAUCGCACUGUGUUCCGUGUCCACAAGGGAGUCAAGGCGUUCUCCUUCUGCAGGAGGAAGAACCUGCUGGUGACAGGGGGGCUGGAUCGAAUCAUCAGGGUCUGGAAUCCUUACCUGCCUGGAAAGCCAACAGGUGUGCUGAGAGGCCACCGGGCUCCGGUGAUGUAUGUACACGUCGCCUUUGAAGAAAACAAAGUGUUUUCCAUGUCUGCUGACAACACAGUCAAGGUCUGGGAUCUGGAGACACAUGGCUGCUGCUGUACCAUCUCUUCCAAAGCCAGUGGCAUCAAGGGAGAACUCACAGCCUGCCUCUAUCUCCCCGGACCUAGAGCCCUGUGUGUGGCCACGGGGACUCUGGCUUUCCUUCACCUGAAAGUGGGAUCUGUCCCAGAGUCCCACCUGGUACGUUCCCACCAAGAGCCCGUGGUGUGCUGCAGGUACAACCCAGCCUUCAGACAUGUGGUCAGCUGCUGCGAAGCCUCCGUAGUGAAAGUGUGGGACUUUGAAACGGGAAGACAGGUGUCAGAAUUUAUUGGCACUCAUGGUAAUGCUGGCAUCACCUGUCUGACCUUUGACUCCAGCGGAAGAAGGCUUGUUACUGGAGGAAGAGAUGGCUGUCUGAAAAUAUGGAGCUACAACAAUGGACACUGUCUGCACACCCUUCAGCACGAUGAAAAUCAAAGUGAAGUCUGUGACUGUACCUACAUGGAGGUGAACCGAAAUCGGUGUGUCAUAGCUGUUGGAUGGGACCGAAGAAUAAACGUGUAUUUUGACAUACCUCGAGAUUUUCAUCAUUUCCGGAAGCCUCAGCCCCACUGGCAGGAUGACCUGAACCAUGGGCACAAGGAGGACAUUCUCUGUGUGGCUCAGUGCCCGCCUUUUCUUCUGGCCACCUCCAGUUACGAUGGAGAGAUAAUAGUUUGGAAUGUCAUCUCAGGUCACAUGUACUGCAAGCUGAACACCCCCAGCCCCAUGGAUGGCCAGGACCAUAGAGAAGGCCCAGAUAGAAGUGUUUCCCAGCUCGCCUUUCUAAAGACACGGCUGACGAAGUUGGAUUCAGCAUCUGCUGCCCUCAUCAGCAAUGGGCCCGGAGGUUCUGUCUGUUUCUGGAAGCUCUUUAGUGGGUCUGGCCUCGUUGCAAACUUCACUCCGUCCAGAGAGAAAGCCCAGGUGAGCGGCAUCGUGGUGACAUCAGGAGACACUCUCGCUUACCUGGCUGACCAGCACGGCUUCAUACAUGUCUAUGACAUCCAGGAGUAUGGCCUCCAGGGAACAGAGCUACAGGCUCCCAACACCGUGACAUCCUGGAGAGCUCACGUCAGCAUGGUGACCUCCCUGGAGCUGAUCGAGGGGGGCAGCAUCGUGCUGUCUUCCUCCCUUGACUGCACUGUGCGCCUGUGGAGCCAGGACGGGGCAUACAUAGGGACCUUUGGGCAGAAUCACCCCUGGGAUGUUUUCACUCCUGACUCAUGGGGUCACCCAAGAGUCCCCUUUGAGAUUCUGACAGAUCCUCGGAGCAUGCCUACCCACCGGGUACUGGAAACAGAUGUACCUGCUGGAUGCUUGGAAGGCCGGCAGGAGCAGGACCACGGGACAGAGGAGAAGGACCCGUGUGAGGCUGAAAAGACCCCUAACCCUCCCUCCCCAGAAGGUCUCACUGUUGAAGCAGAGGCGAAAGCAGAUAAGAGCCGAUGGGCUGCAUUUUGCCAUGGCAGACUACUGUCAGCUCGAAGAAAGCCUCGCUGGAAGAUGCCUGAGCUCAGAUGGCCCAGCAUUUACCAGGCCCUCCGGUGCCACGAGCUUGCCUUUGUGUCUGCUCUCGGGGAGAAGCCAGAUCUGUCUGUUCCUGGCUCUGACUUGUUCCCGGUUGGUUUCUGCAGCCAGGAGACAGAAGCAGCGCUACCAGAAAGGAAGAAACUCUCACCCUGGAGCGGUUUCUUGCCCGAGUGCUAAGGACCUUGACCUCCUUGCUUGGCCAGUUCUUUCCUGUGUCAUGGAAAGGUUUGGCUGAGCUUAAGGCUUUGACCCCUGAGGCGUAGAAAAGAGCAAGAUGAGAAAUGAUCUCAGCCCAUGUGGGCUCAUCCUGAAGCAAUUAGAGUUGAAAUUUCAGAGAA